GUAUCAACAUAGAAGUAUUAAAUACACAGGGGAAAGAAAUUAAUCUGAAUUACGGCUACUUUCUGAUCGAUGGGAAACAAGCAAUCCGCAAUCGACAAUGUUCGAUUCGGAGAACGAAUUGGYGGUGGUUCUUAUGGAGAAGUCUUCAAGGGAACUUGGAAUGGAAGGACAGUUGCUUUAAAGAGGCUACASUCAUUCUUCUUCGAAGAUGGCCAUGGCCUUUAUAACCAAGGAAAAGUCUUCGACAACUUGAGCAGAGAAUGGGAGAUUUUAUCUACUUUAAGUCACCCAAACAUUGUUGAAUACUACACUGUUAUUGUGAGCGAAAGAGCUCCUCCGAUUAUCGUUACAGAAUUGUGUSAAGGCGAUCUUUACCAUUUCAUUCGCUUCGAGUGCGAUCGCAAAGUUCUGUUCAAGGAUGUGGUAAAUAUCAUGAGCGACGUGGCGGAGGGAUUGAAAUAUCURCACAGUCGUGUMCCUCCGAUUAUCCACCGAGAUCUUACGAGUAAAAACGUACUGUUGACAGGAAAUAAACGCGCCAAAAUCACCGAUAUGGGAUUGUCCAAAGCGUUUCCUCAAGGGGCCAUGUAUGCUACUGCAGGAGUAGGGACCCCGGUGUAUAGUGCACCAGAGACCUAUCCAUUAAGGCACCAACCGUCGGGACGCUUUGCAGAAAAGGCCUACUACACAGAGAAAGUCGACGUAUUUUCGUUUGGUGCGAUGCUAUUGGAAAUUAUCAUUGGUCGRCUACCCAAGUCACAGUUGCMAGAUCCUCUGCUUGAWAGUAAUGUUUUAUAACACAUUUGUUACGUCAUUUGGACGCACAUCACGUCUUUACUACUUUUAGUCAUUAAGAGUCAGAUCACUUGCAAGCUAGCGCGGCGGCCAUGUUUUGUGUGGAGUGCAAGCAUAA